AUGCGGAGCAUUCUUUUCGUCCUCCUUUUGGCCCCGGCGGCUGUUCUUUCGAUUGACAUAAUUGUCGGCAAACCUACAACCGGAAACCAGUGCUGCAACAAGGGUACCCCAGACGAAAGCGAUACUUGCGGAAAGCAGGGCCUGAACUCCUAUUGUUGUUGCCAUAAAAGAAACGAUGAAAAAGGCGGGUGCCAAGGCCCCGAAGGGAUAGAAGGCUACCCGGACGGACGCACAGUUUUGUCCUUUGCGACGGGCGGAUGCCACACGGUAAAUUCCGUGGGCGAUAAUUUGAUUGGAUUUAUCGGCUGCGCGAAAUGA